CGUCGUCCAUGCUGUUAUAGAGGAUACAUAUAGGGGGUGUCUUUUGGUAAGUUGACAGGAUGCUAUCGCUGUUUCACUUCCUGCCCAGCUGUUCAACGGCUCGCAUGAAUAUAGACCUGUCGCAUAUCUUUAAUUUAAUUUAUUUAUAGUCUCAUCUCAACUGAAGUUAUCUCAGGACACUUUACAGAUGUAAAGUGUAAUGUUAAUCUUUUCAAUAGAUUUUGUGUACUAGACUAGUACAAAUGGGGAGAACGGCACACACUUUCAGACAGUCUCACCUUAAAGCCAUUCAUGGUGUUGAAAUAGUUACAAAAACAGGACUUUUUCUCCACAGUGAUGAAGGAGAUCCUGUCAGAGUUUGGUCUACAGGUCGUCAGCCACAGCUUCACUCCCACAAAGGUUCCCAAUGUCCGCUAUGAGCUGACCGAGUCUGAUCCGUUAAUACAAUCCAGGAACACAGCAGCUUAUGCACAGGUGUUUGUCCACAGAGACUUCAGUGCAGUUCGAGAUCAGGCCGUGAAAACGAUCCAGACAGCCUUUACUCUGCUGGACCAGGAGUUUCAGAAACUGGAUCGAGAAAAGUCAGAGGUUUCUCAAGCUGCUGCUGCUCUGCUAAGAGAGAAAGGAGCUCACAAAGCUUUUAGACAACAACAGCAACAGGAGCUGCGGGAGAUGCUGGACAGACAUCGCUCUCAAAAUGAGGCGUGGCUGCGAGCGAGAGCCGAGGAGAACGACCAAGAGAGGAGGGAGCUCUGCAGACUCAGAGAGGAGUUGUCGCAUGAGCAGGAAAGGCUGAAGGAGGAGCAUAAAAGCAUCCAGAAACGCAGUGAACAUCUUCUGUCCAUCAUGCAGCAGUUCAAAGGAAUGUAAGAUAGAUAGAUAGAUAGAUAGAUAGAUAGAUAGAUAGAUAGAUAGAUAGGGGGGGAAUUUCUUGAGGGAUUACUCUUCAUGUAUUACAUUUUCCUUCAAUAAAAAUAUAUAUUGCAAAAGAAU